AUGGACGCAGACGAGGACGGAGCCGGGCGGAUCCGAGAGCUUCAGGAGCAACGGAUGACGGUUCAGAAGAAAACCUUCACCAAGUGGAUGAACAGCGUUUUCACCAGGAACGGGUUGGAGCUGACGGACGUCUACACGGAGCUGAAGACGGGUGUAGUUCUGGUCCGUCUGCUGGAGCUCAUCUCUAGCAGUCAGCUGCCGACUCCCAGCAAACGUAAGCUGAGAGUUCACUGCCUGGAGAACAACAGCAUCGCCAUCAGGUUCCUCAAAACCAAGAGAAUUCGGGUGGAUCUGAUUGGUCCAGAGAACGUUGUGGACGGCGACCGGACGCUGAUCCUGGGUCUGCUGUGGAUCAUCAUCCUGCGCUUCCAGAUCGGACCCAUCGUGGAUGGACCAGGUAGUAAGGCUCACCGCUCAGCGAAGGAGGCGCUGCUGAUUUGGUGUCAGAGGAAAACAGCCGGAUACGAAGGCGUCAACGUUCAAGAUUUCUCCUCCAGCUGGAGAGACGGGCUGGCCUUCAACGCUCUCAUCCACGCACACAGGCCCGACCUGUUUGACUACCGUCGUUUCCAUGCCGACAACCCCGAGCGUAACCUGGAGCACGCCUUCCAGCUGGCGGAGCGAGAGUUCGGCAUCAUGCAGCUGCUGGAGGUCGAUGACAUCAUCGUCCCCCACCCCGACGAGAAGUCCAUCAUGACCUACGUGUCUCUGUACUAUCACUACUUCUCCAAGAUGAAGCAGGGACAGACGGUCCAGAAGAGGGUCGCUAAGGAACUGGACGAUAUGAAGGUUAAAUAUGAGACGAUGGUUUCAGAUCUGCUUCACUGGAUCAAAACUAAGGUGGUGCAGCUGAACGACAGAAGAUUCCCAAACUCUCUGAGGGAGAUGCAGACGCUGGUUACGGCUUUCAAGACCUACAGGACUGUAGAGAAACCUCCCAAAUACCAGGAACGAGGAGCGAUGGAAGCUCACCUGUUCAGUCUGAAGACUCAGCUGGCAGCAAACAACCAAUGGGCUUACAAUCCUCCAGAAGGUAAAACUGUCAGCGACAUUGAGAAGAGUUGGGUUUUGCUGGAGAGAGCCGAACACGAGCGAGAACGAGCCCUGCAGGAGGCGCUGAUCCGCCUGGAGAACCUGGAGCAGCUCGCCCAGAAGUUUGAGAGGAAGGCCGCUCUGAGGGAGGGCUAUCUGGAGGACACGCUGCGUCUGAUUCGGAGGCAGGACGUCAGAGGUCUGUCCACGCUGGAGGACGCUCAGGCUACCGGACGGCGUCUGGAGGCUUUGGCCACCGACACUUCAGCCAGAGAGCCGCGCUUCUCCGCUCUCAGAGACAUGGCCAAGACCAUCGAAAAAGGAAACUACCACAGCAAAGAGAAGGUCAUCAGCAGGGAGGAGAACAUUAACCAUCGAUGGAAGGAUGUGCUGCAGCAGCUGCAGGAGCAGAGGGGGCUGCUGGGAAAUGUAGUUGAAACUCUGAGCAUCCUGCGAGACAUCGAGCUCGUCUCCCAGGAGCUGAAGGAGCUGCAGUCCCAGGCCGGAGCGUCUGAUCUGGGGAAACAGCUGCCAGAGGUCGAGUCUCUCCUCCAGAAACAGGAUCUGCUGGAAGCUCAGAUCUCAGCUCACGGUGAAACGAUCACCGCCAUCAGCAGCACAGCGCUGAAGGUAAAAGUGAGGGACGGUCAGCAGAUUCAGAGCAGAGUGAGAGCUCUCGACACUCAGUAUAAAUCUCUGGUGUCUCUCAGCACUAACAGGAGGAGACAGUUGGAGGCUCAGCUGAGGCUCUUUGAGUUCUUCCAUGACAGUGAGGAGUUGGAGGCUUGGCUUUAUGAACAUUGGCUGCGGCUGCAGGCGGCCGGACUCGGACGGGAUCUGACCCACAUCCAGCUGGCUCAGCACAAACACAAGGCGCUGGAGGCGGAGCUCCAGGCUCAGGAGUCUCUGUACCAGGGGGUUCUGGGUCGAGGUCAGGACCUGCUCUCCAAACAGAGUCAGGUGAACCAGCGAGCCGUCCAGAAGUGGAUCAGAACCCUGAAGAAGCAGUGGAGUCACAUGACCGACGAGGGUGACGGCACGCCGAGACAGACUGCAGGCUGCUGCUACCAUCAAACAGACGUGGCCGAGGCUAACUCCUGGCUGGGCGACAGGAAGCCGCUGCUGACCAGCGAGGAUCAUGGGAAGGACGAGUCGAGCACGGCGGCCCUGCUGCAGCGCCACCUGCGGGUGGAGAAGGAGAUGACGGCCUACGGCUCGGAGAUUAAGAGACUGACGGAGCAGGCGAGGAGCGCGGCUCAGCUGACUGCUCUCACUGCGGAGCUGCAGCAGACUACGAUGGUCCAGUACUCAUCAUCAUCAUCAUCAUCAUCUGAGGAGGAAGGACCAGCAGCAGUGACAUCACCACCCAAAGCCAGACGAGGGAGGGAUCCCGUGAGAUCAUCAAAGGUCCAGAGGGAAGAGAAUAAAGCCAAGAUCCGCUUCAGAUACAGCCGAGGUCAGUUUCAGUGGGAUCGGGAUGAGGUGGUGACCGUCAUCAGCGCUGAUCCGGACAGAGACGACAGAUUUCUGGCCAGAGACAGUCAAGGAAACCAGCAGCUGAUCCCAAAGACCUACCUGAACAUGCAGCCGGCCGCCGCUCCGCCCACCCCGCCCUCCUCGACCAAUGGCGCGGCAGAAAGCCCAAGCGGGAAGUUGAGUCGUCCGAGGCGAAGCCGCUCGAUGCGUCGCAACACGUCCGAGAUCCAGACGUCCAACCUGCCGGACCCUCAGUACCAGAGAGACACUGUGGAGAGCACCCAGAGCAGCCUGGACCAGGACUACAACUCCCUCUACAACCUGGUGAAGUCGAAGGCGAGGAGUCUGGAGGAAACUCUGCGUCUGCAUCGAUUCUACAACAGCUGCCAGGAGUUUGAGUCGUGGAUGGAGGACAAGGAGAACGUACUGAACACCUUCAGCACCGACGCAGACAACCUGGGGGUGGUGCAGGCCAAAUACGAGUUGGAUGACAUCAUGCGCAUGGCGGAGGAGCUGGUGAAGAGCCGGCACAGUAAGCAGAGAGAGAUCCAAGCGAGACAGAAGAAGGUUUCUAACAGGUGGGAUCGGAUCCAGCAGCUGAAGGAUGAGAAAGGUCACGAGCUGCUGAGUACGGCAGACGUUCAGUCCUUCCUGCAGAGCUGUGAGGAAGCCAAGCAGCAGCUGCAGGGUCAGCUGGCUCAGCUGGACGUGGUGGACGUGGGCUGCAGCUCCUUCACUCUGCUGACGGAGGAGAAGAACCAGGCGCAGGCGCUCAGAGACAUCCACACUCUGGAGGGGAAGAUCGCAUACCUGAAGAGCGUCGCCAAGAUGAAGCAGGACUGCAGUCCGGCAGAGAGCGCAGCCAUCAUGGAGGAGGUUCGAGGUCUGGAGGCUCUGCUGAAGCAGGUGAAGCAUCAGGCUGCAGAGAGACAGCGGCUCCUGGAGGAGGCGCGCAGGCUGCAGAGCUUCCAGCAGCAGUCCAAGGAGCUGCAGCGCUGGGUGGGCUCAGUGCAGGAGCGCCUCCUGCAGGAGGAGGUGGCUGCUGACGUAGCAUCCGCUGAAACGGAGAAGUUGGGUAAAUCCCUCCAGCAGGGCUCGUCCAAUGGGAACGCAGCGAUCGAUGACAUCACACACACGCUGGACACGCUGCAUGCUGAUUGGGCCAAAAUGGACAAGCUGUGGGCCAAUAAGAAGCAGCAUUUGGAACAGGAAGUGGAACUCCAGAAAACUGAACCAGGAAGGAGACCGGAUCGAGGCGGCGCUGUCCGGACACGAAGCCCGACUGAGGGUCCAAGACGUCGGGGUGAGGAUACAGCUUCUAAAAACACCCCACAUGACUCGGUGGACGGCGUUCACGGUCUGCUCGGUCGUCAGGAGGAACUAGAAGGACUUCUGAAGGCUUUGGACCAGCGAGUCGAUCAUUUCACUGAACGCAGCCAAGAACUCAUCAGCCAACAACACUACGCUGCAAAGCACAUCAAGGAAAGGAGUAAAAGCAUCCAGAGAGCAAACAGGAAGCUGAAGGAGAGCAGCAGGCAGAGGAGGAUGCUGCUGCUGGACUCCAACAAAUACCAGGAGUUCCAGAGAGACGCAGACGAGCUGCUGCUGUGGAUGGAGGAGAAGUUUAAAGUAGCUGAAGACGAGUCGUACAGAGACCCGACCAACAUCCUGAGGAAGCUCAAGAGACACGAAGCUGCUGAGAAAGAGAUGAAGGCUAACCAGGUCUGGCUGGAGAGACUGGUUCAGCUGGGGCAGGAGAUGCUUGCUGAAGAGCACUACAGCAGUCAGAGCAUCAGCAGGAAGUCGACUCUGCUCAGCAGCCGGUGGAGGAAGCUGCAGGACAAGAUGGCCGACAGAGGAGACAAACUGAGACAAGCGGGACAGCAGGAGCAGCUGAUGGAGCUGCUGCAGGACGCUAAACUGAAGAUUGAAGCGAUUCAGUGGAUGCUGAACAACGCAGCUAAAGGUCACGACCUGCGCUCCAGCCGACAGCUGCUGAAGGUGAAGCUCACUCAUAAUAAUCCUAACAUCUGUUCUUUAUAUAUAAGGAUCCAUUAA